AUGGAUGUCUUCUACGCCUACACGUUUGGCACAGCCGGGUGGAUGGCCGUUCAGGCUACGCCAAUGAUCGUGUCGCCCACCAUGAUCGCAGCCUUGCUCUCCCCGCAGGUCCGCGAAGCGACGACCCUCGAGAUCUACUUCUCGCGCUCCCUCGGCUUCUCGCUCAUCACGCUGGGCAUCCUAACCGUUCUCCUCACCGGCUCGGUGCCGCUGUCCUCGCGCCUUAGCGGCUCCGCCGGCGGCGCAACAACCGACCCUAACGACCCGAAGGCGCCGUACGCGCUGCCGACGUUGACGGUGACGACCCUGUACCACACGGCCGCCGCCUUCUACAUGUACGGCAUGUGGACCGAGACGGCUGUGACCUCGUUCGCCUUCGGCGUGGCCGGUAGCACCGUGCUGGCGGCCGUGGGCUUGUGGUGCAUCCUGUUCGCCAGCAGCGACGGCCGCAUCAGCCGUAAGACGGGCGCCGACAAGCGGACGAGCGGGUGGCCGUUCAAGAACAACGAGGCGGACAAGAGGAAAGCGAGGAAGUCUAGGUAA